AUGGAGAAUGUACAAGAAAACGACAGCGUCGCAGCAAUACCUAAAUCCGAAAUGGCCAUUCCCUCGGGGUUUCAUACGGUUGAGCAAAUCAAGAAUCUGGAUAUCCUACCAGGUGGAACUGUGAAAAAGCAAUUUGUCAACGUAAUAGGAUUCGUAAUGGAUUAUCAACCCCCUAUAAAACUAGGGGGACAGGAAAAAGCAGACAAAGCUAUGAAUGUCAGGGACAAGUAUAGUCUCCUCAAAGAUGUGAAGGAAGGUUCCUUCCACGAUAUCAUCGGUGAAGUGAGAAAGAUCUAUGGAGCUAGUUAUGAUAUGGUUACUGUUUACCUUACGGACUACACAGCUCACCCUAACUUUUAUAAUUAUAUUCUACCGGAGUUAUCUGAUGUCACGACGGAAGGUCGCGAUGGUGAUGAUUACGGUUAUAUAAAAGCAAAGCCUAGGGAUGAAGCGAAAGAAUGGAAAGGUCCAUUCGGGAAAAUGACCAUUCAGCUCACAUUAUUCGACUCGCAUGCCGAUUUCGUUAAAGAAAAGGUCAAGGAAGGUCAGUGGCUUCGUUUAACCAACGUUCAAUUCGUUGUCGGCAAGGCGGGUCUAUUGGAGGGCAAGCUUCGUGGUGAUCGAGGGUCAUUUGAGGGUAAAGUCCAAGUCGAGAUCAUGAAACAAUCUGAAGAUCCUCAGAGCAAUGAUCCCCGAUGGAAAGAAUGUGUUCAACGAAAACAUGAUUGGAACAAAAAGCACAAAAAGGACAUGGAGAGAUUUCAAGAAGAAAUCGCGAGGGUGGGAACCAAGCGCAAAGCUGAUGGACAACCAGGCGGGAAGAAUUCUAAGGCCCGAAGAAAGGAAUUACGAGCUAAAGCAGAUGCCAAAACUGCUGUGAUCGAGACGAAGGUUACUAAAAAUCUUGAUUUGAAUGACAAUGUGGUAUUACAUCCUUCUCGGCCUUAUGAUGGUAUAGUGUCUCUAUCAACUAUUCUCCAACGCACGCCCCUUUCCUCUGAUCCCAAAUAUGCCGGAAUUCACGUACCCUUCGAGAACAAAAAUUACAAGGCCAAUGUUCGAGUGGUAGAUUAUUUUCCUGAAAAUAUUGCCGACUUUGCUGUUGGCCGCAAACCUAGCGAAUAUGACUUAUUAUCUGAUUACAGCGGUGAUGAAGAUGACGGCCCUGAAAAUAAUAUGCAGAGUUUUCGCGAUGGAGAAAUUUCAGAAAAGAAGUGGAAAUGGAGAUUUGCACUUGUGGUUGAGGACGCAAAUCCAGAUGCUUCUAAGGACAGAGCUACUCUUAUUGUGGGAAAUAGAGAUGCACAGCUGUUAUUUAAUGAUCUGAAUGAUGCUUGCAACCUACGAAGAAACCCAGAAAUGCUGAACAAUGUUAAAGAAAAACUCUUCACACUCUGGGGCGAUUUAGAAGAGCAAAAAAUAGCCAUGCAUGCAAAAGAGGUCCAAGAAAAACCGCAAGAAGAAGAAUCGCCGCCAGAGAUUUCCAAAGCAGCAGAUUCAGAAUCCGAUGACGAAGAAGAUGUCUCCAAACAAACCAGCGGUAGUCUACCACCAGACGACGAGGAAACAGAGACCUUGAGCUACCAAAAACAAAACAAAAUCCCCAAGAAAUCUACAACUUCUAUGGAAAUAGACCUCAAUCUACAAAGAAAAGAGAAGAAUAAAAAAGUAGAAAUACAACUAGAAAUUAAACCGAGGAAUAAACCCUUUGAAUGCUGCAUCAAGCAGUACGGUAUCAAAGUAAAUGAAGAAGAUACGGAGAAAGCUGAUGCGGGCGAGGGAAAAAGAUGGCAGAGAGUGUUCGGACUGUGGGGAACUACGAUUAGAUAG